GGCCAAAACAGUGUGGAAACACCAGUGUUGCCAAGAUUUUAGGGGGAACAAAAGCGACGGCCGUUUUCUGUUUUUAACCAUUUCACAUUUUUCGUUUUAAAAAUACAACAAAAGUGUCUAUUUUAUUGCAUGCAACAAUUACAAGAACAACACUCAACACAAUCGUAAUGAUUUGAAUACAAAGUGUACGUGAUUCAUAUUAGUUUUAUUGCUUUUGCAUCUCAACAUACACAACAAGAAAAGAAAACCAAAGCGAAAUGUCGACAACGCAGCAGCAGCAAGGCAGAGCAGCAGAAGCGCAGACAGCAAAGAAUUUGAUCUGAGUAGCGCUAUUUGUAUGCAUGUAUGUGUGUGCUUGAGUGUGAGUGAGCGAGAACGAGAUUACAAUUAAAAAUGUACGAAUACGAGUGAAAUUUUGUAUAAGAUAAAGAAGAUGAGAAAGAUACCAAACACAUAUGUACAUACGUAUGUAUCUUUAGCAAAAUAAAGCAGUCCGUUUGUAUUUGAGUGCGUAUAUGUGCGAUUUGUAUUGCGAAUUUUGUUUAAAUAAUCUUGGCCGUGUUAUUAUUUCAAGGUGGCUCAUUAUUUAGACGCCAUUACAAUGCAACCGGUAUUGGACCUGCGUGCCUGUCGGUUCUGCCUAUCUGCCUUGUGUAUGUGUAUAUGUGUGUGUGUGAGUGUGUGAAUGAGUGAGAACGAGUAGAAACGAGGGAGAGAACGAGAAGGGCUAAGCAGGCAUUUCCAUUUAGCUGCGCGAGCAGCUUUUAUUUGCCGCCACUUGCGUUUUUUUGUUUAGUAUUGUUGCUAUUUCAGCUCCUGCUUCUUUGUGCUGAUUACGGCGCUCCACUGUCCACUGCCGCGUCCCGUACAUCCAUCAGCUGGUGCUUAUUUAUAAAGCGAUUGCCGCUGCUUAUUAUGUGACUGUCAGCAGCGGCAAAGGCAGCGGCAGAGAGCCCAGCAGAGGCAGCAACAGCUUCAAUCAAAAACAAUUUCCAAUUAAAUCCGCAAAAUGCUCAAUUGAAGCUAAUUUCUAUGGAAGACCGCCAACAACUGUUUGUUUGUGUUUAUCGCUUGCACAGCACACGCUGUUAUUGUUAUUGUUGUGGUCAGGUUGUGUGUGAAUUUCCCUGAAAUAUGCAUAAUAUAUGCGAAUAAUAACAAUAUUUAUCAACAAUAGGAAAAACGGUGUUUCCUCUCUUCGUCAUCUCUUUGUAAUUUCGUAAAGCAUUGUCUCCCUCUUGCCCUCUGCCUAUCUCUAUCUCGCUCUGCCACCUGUUGCUUUGCCUGUCGUCGCAUUCCCAACGUUCCAACAAUGACAACAACAACAACGAAUUCUAUUCAAUAUCGAUAGCAAAUAGCAAAAAGAGAGCGCACACUAUAACAGCACAGUUAUAUUUUGGCAUCAGGUGUUAAAGUGUGAACAGCAAACACAUACAUACAUACAAACAUACAAACAUAACUAAACGUUUUUUGGAGCAAAAGUAAACAAACUAAACGAAACCGAACGAAACGAACGAAAAGAAACGCGACGUGCGUUUGUCGUCAGUCUGUGUGCGUGCGUAUGCGUAUGCGUAUGUGUGUGUGUGUAUCUCUACUCUGACGGGCGACAAAAUAAAAAGAAAAAACAAAAACAAGAAAAACUGUAAUAACAAAGUCAACAGCAGCAACAACAAGCGGACAACGAGUGAUUCAACAGAGACAGCAGCAACAGCAACAGUAACAAGAACAACAACAACAUUUAAACAUGUCGGAUUCGUAUUAUCAGGUAAAUGACAAGAAGUGCAAAAACAACAAAAUUUAAACAUUUUCCAAAACGAAAUUGAAAUUUUGCGACAAGAAUAACAAAUGUUUCCAGUUCGACACCGCAGACAGACACACAAUAUACAUAUUGAAAUACGUACUAGUAUAAAUAUCCAUAAAAUAAAAACACACACUUGUGUGUAUCUGUGUAUGUAUUUAUGGCAAUUAUAUUGUUGUAUCUGUAGCUGUUCCUGUAUCUGUAACUGCGAAUGUAUCUGCAUGCUCUCGCUGCAUACCAAAAAAAGAAAAAUAAAAUUAAGCGAAAAAAAAAUAAAUAAAUAGAAGAAAACAUGCAAGAAAAAUGAUUUGUUUUUCCGUAAUUUUUGCGCACAAAUGAAAAGCUUUCUAAUCGCUUGACUGCCUCAGCGUUUUCCAUUGCAGUUUGCGCCCUCGCAGCGCCUUGACAUUUUCCGAAUUUAAUUUCGCUCGCAGCGUGUCGCGAUUUUUCCAACCCAUUCACAUACUUAUUAUAUAUUUUAUUAAAUCUAUAUACAUUUGUAUAUAUACUUAAGUAUAGAUAUAUAUUGUCGCACAUUUGGCAGUUUGUCGCCGUGAUUUUUGCGUCGCGCAUUCGCUUUGGAAAAUGAAUAUAGAGAAAAAAUUCGCAUAUUUUGUCAAAGUGUUUGCUAAAGAAAAAACCACACAAAAAAGAAAAAAUAGCAUAGAAAAGUGUUGGAAAAACUACCGCCAAUAUAGAGCAAUGUGAUUGUUGUAGCUCACUUAUUAAAAACAUAACUAGCUCCAUCAACAAGCAUAACAACAACAACAACGUCAUCUAUAAACAAUUCUUAGUAUGGCUCUGACAAUGAACAUGGUCUUUCUAAAGGAUUUACGUUCACGUCUCAAAGGAUAUCUACAUGGCGAAUAUAUAAAGCAUCCUGUCCUGUAUGAGCUCAGUCAUAAAUAUGGCUUCACAGAGAACCUGCCCGAGAGCUGUAUGUCCAUACGGCUGGAGGAGAUUAAAGAGGCCAUAAGACGCGAGAUACGCAAGGAGCUGAAAAUCAAGGAGGGCGCCGAGAAGUUACGGGAAGUGGCCAAGGAUCGUCGCUCCCUCAGCGAUGUAGCUGUCCUUGUGAAGAAAAGCAAAAGUAAAUUGGCCGAGCUGAAAUCGGAACUGCAGGAACUCGAGAGUCAAAUAUUGCUGACAUCCGCCAACACGGCGGUCAAUAGCAAUGGUCAAGAAUCAAUUGCGUUUAGCGGCAUCGAUGGCAGCGGUGGUGCACAGUUUGGCGGUGCCGUCGGUGGUUACGGCGUAAACAAUGCAAUGGCUGGCGGUGGUGCAACGGCGACUGCCAAUGACAAAGUGCUGGCCUCGCUGGAGAAGCAGCUGCAGAUCGAGAUGAAGGUGAAGGCAGGGGCAGAGAAUAUGAUACAAUCUCUGGGCAUUGGCUGCGAUAAGAAGCUGUUGGCGGAGGCGCAUCAGAUGCUGGCGGAUUCCAAGGCCAAGAUUGAGUUUCUACGCUUGCGGAUCAUUAAAGUCAAACAGAAUCGCGAGCAGGCGGAUCGCAUGAAAGCGGCCAGGCAAUUAACAGAUGAACACGGUGUGCUCGGCAUUGCCGGCAGCGGAUUAACACAGCCCCAGAGCCUGGAGACGACGCUGGAGGAGCGCAUUGAGGAGCUGCGUCAUCGUUUGCGCAUCGAGGCCGCCGUCGUGGAUGGAGCCAAGAAUGUUAUACGCACGUUGCAGACGGCGAAUCGUGCGCCAGACAAGAAGGCGCUGCAAGAGGCACAUGGCCGUUUGUCGGAAUCAUCGCGUAAACUUGAUCUCUUGCGGUAUUCCUUGGAGCUGCGACGCCAGGAGCUGCCCAGCGACUCCCCCACCGCCCAGUUGCUCAAGCAGGAGCUGCAGAUUGUCCAGCAAUCGACGUCACCGGCGCCCGUGCACUACACAUCCUUGCAGACGGGUCCGGGUGGAUUGCUGGGUGGCAAGUCGUAUCAAUCAGUAUCGUCGCUGGGCCGUUGUGCCAGUGUCACUGGCAAGCUGGAGGUGCGUCUGAUGGGCUGUCAGGAUCUGCUGGAGGAUGUGCCUGGACGCUCGCGACGGGACAAGGACAAUAGCUCCAGUCCGGGAGAUUUGCGUAGCUUUGUCAAGGGCGUCACAUCGCGUAGCAGCUCCAAGAGUUACUCGGUCAAGGACGAGACAUCGAUAGAGAUUAUGGCGGCUAUUAAGCUGGACAACAUAACGGUGGGACAAACGUCUUGGAAGCCAUGCUCGCAGCAGGCUUGGGAUCAACGCUUCUCCAUCGAUCUAGAUCGUUCCCGGGAGCUGGAGAUUGGCGUCUAUUGGCGGGAUUGGCGCUCUUUGUGUGCGGUGAAGGUGCUGCGUCUCGAGGAGUUCAUUGAUGAUGUGCGUCACGGCAUGGCGUUGCAGCUGGAGCCACAGGGACUGCUCUUUGCCGAGAUUAAGUUCCUCAAUCCAAUGAUCUCGCAGAAACCGAAACUGCGAAGACAGCGCAUGAUCUUCAAUCGCCAACAGGCCAAGAACAUACCACGUGCCAAGCAGAUGAACAUUAAUGUGGCCACCUGGGGGCGUCUCCUCAAGCGGAAUGCUCCAAAUCAUGUGCAUCUGGGUGCCACAGGAAGUGCUGGCUCUGUUGGACGUGGCUCUCCCCCUCUGGCCGGCAACAACAAUGCCUCACGGGAUUCCGAAUCGCCGAUAUCGCGUACUCCCUCCUCAGACGCAUUGGCCGUGGAACCCGAACCAUAUUCCCCGGGUGAGCAGGCACAGAACAUGGAAUUCGAUCCGGAUGCCGGCUUGCAUGAGCAUGUGGAGACACCCGGCGAAUAUCCAGAUCCCGCAGCCAGCGGCCUAAGUGGCAUGCGACCGCUGUCCAUGCACAUGCAUGGCAUCAGUGUGUUGCCACCGGAGACGCCACCGCCAGCGGCCAACGCAGCCGGCAGACCCAACACGCUCAGCCUACAGAUGCCCGGCAAGACGCCACCCAACCGAACUGCCGCACCCACCACAGCACCACCACCGCCGCCAGUGCUGAAGUCCGUAACUCCCGUGCUGGAUCAGGAGUUGCAGGAUGCAUUGCAUGAAUUUGAUUUCCUCUCGGAAAUGGAGUCGCAUCCAAUGACGCUGCGUCGCCAGCACGACAAGGAGAAACUGCAGCAACAACAAGAACAAUUGGAUGCUGUUAUGCCAUUACAAGAGUCGCCUCCAAUGCUGCCUGAACCACUAACCAACAUUCUGCCGCCUGCCAAUCACCACCAACCACACAACAACCACAACAAUCACAACAACAAUCACAGGCAUAGCACAAGCGAGUUGUCCUUAUCAAUACGCAACCCAUUUCAGUUCCAGCAAUCAAUGAAUCCACCUCAUGGUGUCGCCUCGGGGGUGGAGCAACAGUUGCAUCGUCCAGUGUUGACUUUACCGCCGGUGGUGCUCCAUGGAACACCGGAUGAGGAACCAUUGUCCGCCUCUCCUUUGGUGGAGUAUCCCGAGGACGAUGAUGAGUAUUUGUACAACGGGGGGCUGCAGUCCAGUCACAGUCACAGCUCCAGUGCCGGCGAUCGUUUCUGUGUGGAGGCAAAAAUCAAUCUUGUACAUAUUACCAUUGAACCCCUUGAGGCGUCUCCGAGCAUCAGCAGGCGUGGCAGCUGCUGCAACAUUGAGGAAACGACAACAAAGACAAUUGCCAUUGAAAGUGUUUUAAUAGAAUCCGUUGAGUCAGUGCAGCCAAUUGAUGAGGUAAUUCCACAGUUGGGCAAGCUCUAUUUAGGCACACAGCAACAACAACAACAGCAGCAGCAGCAACAAUUGCCUUAUGUGCAUUCAUCGCCCAUUAUUCAGGAGCCGCCAACGCCCACAAUUUAUGGCAAUAGCGCGGCGAAUGCACCACAAUUCCCACAGCCCACACAACGCCAGGACAAGCAGCAACAACAACAACAGCAGCAACAGCAACCCAUAUAUGCCAAUCAAUAUGAGCUGAAUGUGGCAAAGGCCGAAAGUGGCGCCUCCACCAGUGGACGCCGCAAUGUGGCACGUGGCUUGCAGUAUCGCGAACCCGCCGGAUAUGAGGCUCUACGCUCGGGGCAACCUCCAAAUGCUGGCAUGUUGUCCAUGGACAACUUCCGGCUGCUGAGCGUCUUGGGACGUGGACACUUCGGCAAAGUGAUAUUGUCGCAGCUGCGCAGUAACAAUCAAUACUAUGCCAUCAAGGCGUUGAAAAAGGGCGACAUCAUUGCCCGCGAUGAAGUGGAAUCGCUGCUCAGCGAGAAGCGCAUCUUUGAGGUUGCCAAUGCCAUGCGGCAUCCGUUCUUAGUCAAUUUGUAUUCGUGCUUCCAGACAGAGCAACAUGUGUGCUUUGUGAUGGAAUACGCUGCCGGCGGUGACCUGAUGAUGCACAUCCACACGGACGUAUUCUUGGAACCACGUGCCGUGUUCUAUGCGGCAUGUGUGGUGUUGGGACUGCAAUAUCUGCACGAGAACAAGAUCAUAUAUCGUGAUCUGAAGCUGGAUAACUUGCUGCUCGAUACGGAUGGUUAUGUGAAGAUUGCGGACUUUGGACUGUGCAAGGAGGGCAUGGGAUUCGGAGAUCGUACUGGCACCUUCUGUGGCACACCUGAGUUUCUGGCACCCGAGGUGCUGACGGAGACUUCGUAUACUCGUGCCGUGGACUGGUGGGGACUCGGUGUGCUCAUCUUUGAGAUGCUGGUGGGAGAGUCACCGUUCCCUGGCGAUGAUGAGGAGGAAGUGUUCGACUCCAUUGUUAACGAUGAGGUGCGGUAUCCCCGUUUCCUCUCCCUGGAGGCCAUAGCAGUCAUGCGUCGGCUGCUGCGCAAGAAUCCAGAGCGACGACUUGGCUCAUCAGAGCGCGAUGCGGAGGAUGUCAAGAAGCAGGCAUUCUUCCGUUCCAUUGUCUGGGAUGAUUUAUUGCUUCGCAAAGUCAAGCCACCAUUUGUACCCACCAUUAACCAUUUGGAGGAUGUCUCGAACUUUGAUGAGGAAUUCACGUCGGAAAAGGCGCAACUGACACCGCCAAAGGAGCCGCGACAUUUGUCCGACGAUGAGCAGUUGCUUUUCCAGGACUUUUCAUAUACGGCCGAGUGGUGUUAAUGCCCGGCAGCUCAUUGUCUGUGCUUAGCUCAGUCAAAACUAAUUUAUAACUAAUGCUUUUACACAUGUGCAGCCUUGUUGCCACAUAAAACAGAGAAUGAACUAUAUAUAAUAAUAAUAUAUUAUAUUUGAUUGUAUUUGUAAACCUUGUGCAUGUUGCUCAGAAGCAUUAACCAAAUUGCCUAGAAUUCUACAUUAAUGUAAACUUACCUACAUCAUUAUCAAUCAGCAAUCAAUCAGCCUCUAAAUUUAUAUUUAUCGUCUCAUUACAAUCAUUAUACAACGGUUAACAUAUUUUGUGAGUUAUUAAUUUGCUUUUAUCCCAAAACGAGAAUAUUGAAAAUGCAUUGAAUAGUCUGACGAACCUUUGGAUAAGCCUUAUGCGCAUUGUUGUAGAUUUUUGGAAAGAUUUUCAUAAGCCAGGUUCUAUAUUUAUAAAUGAGAAUGAUGAGAGAACGUAAAGCAUAUGUAUACACAGCUAUUUUACAAGCGCCAAGUAGAUGAGUUAUAUAAACAACAAUUAAACCAACACACACACACACACACACAUAACAACACACUUGUAUUUUCAUAAUAAUCAUACACAGAUUCACAUUAAAAAUGUUGAGAGAACAAAUGAAACAAGUCAUAAGAUUGUAUGCACUACAAUUAAUUAUACAUAAAUAAUAAUAAUAAUGAAGAAACAGAGCUCAUCUCUAUAUACUAUACUACUAUAUACACUUAUAAACAUAAACAAAUAUUUACAAUUUUUAAAA